CUCCGUGGUUUCGUCCUCCCAGACGCCUUUGCGCGUAAGCAACAUGGCGGCGUCCGGGAGACAAGUAGGAAAGUACAUAUACAAAAACAAUCGAAUUUUGAUGAGUAACCUGGACCUGCUGUUAUUUCACAGGAAUUUUGUUGGGAUCUCAACUAUACGCCAACAAGCUGUAGAGGCCAAUAAAGCGGACUCUUCAGAGCCCAUCACCAUCCCCAGAAAGAAAGUAUGGCGCAAAGAGUCAGUAUUGGAGGCCUUGGCUAUGACAGUAAACAGGGAUCCUACAGCAUUUCCCUACCAAUUCCAGGAUGAUCCUUACCUUUCACCGAGAACUGCUGCUGAGUUUAAGCUGUUCUCUCUCUCUCAGGAGUCUGGAAGAUCUGCAGCUAAAUACUUUGUCAACAACCAUCCAAAGUUCUUCACCAAAGAUUUUGCUGAGCCACAUAUACCUUGUCUGAUGCCAGAUACAAUUUCACUGUGCCUUGAAGAAGUGAGCGAAGAGGCACUGAAGGAAAGGGUGAGCUUGAGAAAAGUCAAGGCUGCGGUCGACAUGUACGAUCAAAUGCUGCAAGCUGGCAAAUCUGUGUCCAUGGAGACAACCCACCAACUGUUAGACUUGAUUUGUCUCUUUUGUGACAGAGACCCUGUCCAAGAGGAUGGGCCACAGACUGAGGACAUGGAGGAGUCAAGGGGUGAUGUGAAGAAGUGGAGAGGGAAAUUUCGUCGAGCAUCAGACUUGCUGACGUUAACCUGGAGAGAAAAUAACAAUGCAGAAAGAAUAUUUAACCUGCUACCAGCAAAAGAUACUCAAUGUUACUCCGCUCUCAUCAGAGGCAUGGUGAAGCAUGGCGCCUAUGCAAAGGCUUUCAGCAUGUACACAGACCUACUCAACAACAGACUGACAGCCGACGUCUACAUUUUCAACGCCCUGAUCUUGGCUGUUCCAGAAGUCAGAGAUAAAUACAUCGAGAGAUGGGACCUCAUCACUGAAAUUUUAAAGCAGAUGAGUCAACAGAAAGUCCAGCCCAACUUGCUGACCUUUAACAGUGUUCUCAAAGUCUUGAGACGCUGUGGCUCUUUGGCCAGAUCGUUGGCACUGCAGACUCUGAGUGAGAUGAGGGCUCUGCGGAUAGCGCCCAGUCUGGCCACCUUUGACCAUUUCUUGGCUAUAUUUUACAAAGCAGCAUCAUCUGGCCAGGGCAACACCAACAUGUUACAGGAAGUGAUGUCAGAGUUGGCAGGGAAAAGCUUCACCUGCCAGGACCCUGGAGAUGUUCUAUUUUUCGCUAGUGCCAUGAGAGUUUGUAUGGAUUAUAAAGAUCUGGAGCUGGGUUAUAAAAUCCAAAACCUGGUGGAGGUGGGGGAAAACUGGAGGCUUCUGGGGGAUUCAUUCCAACGGAACAUUUACUAUGGUCGGUUCUUCAACCUUUUGUGCAUGAUGGAGCACAUUGAUGUGGUGCUGAAAUGGUAUAAAGAGCUCGUUCCAUCGUUGUAUUACCCAAACUCACAGGGACUGAUAGAACUCCUGCAGGUGCUGGACACAGACAGUCGCUUGGACAUGCUGCCUACUAUAUGGAAAGAUAUCCGGUCUAUGGGUCAUGAUAAACUCGAAUUGAUUGAAGAGCUGCUCACCUUGAUGGCCAGAGAGAAACACAGUCCUGAGGUCCAAGAGUCAUUUGCUGUAUGUGCGCUGGAUGUAAAAAGCACAUUUGAUGGCAGCAGAAUUAGGGGCAGUCUGGAGUGGAGCAACACCGCCCUCUCACAUGUUACUUCCCUGCUGCUGCGGGCCAACAAGAUCCAAGAGGCUUGGAAGAUGCUACAGCUUUUCAAAGAAAAGAACAGAAUUCCAUCCGAUAAACUGCUGGAGGACUUCCUGUCCGUGUGCCGGAGCGAGGGCUCUGCCCAAAGAGCCGUGGAGCUCGUUCAGCUGUCGGCCGCCUUCUGUCUGCAGGUGACACCGAAACUGGCCAAGCUGGUGCUAGCUGAGUUUGAUCUGAGCGAGAACCAAAGAGAUUUAGUGUCUGAGCUGGAGAAUGUCGCGGAGCCCACAGACUGAAGAAAGGAGUCAGCAUUCAUAACGAAAAACUGACAAUUACUGUCAAAUGUCCGGUGAGAGUUUUAAACAAGAGUGUACCCACGUGUGUAUCUAUGUCAAAAAAAUAUAUGGAGCAUAUGUAAGACAAUCUGUGCCUCAUUUGUGGACAGAAAUGUGUUUAAGUUGUGUUGUUGUUUAUGUCCACCAGAGGCCGCUGUUUCUCCACAAAUGAUUACUUUAUGAUGUUGAUGCUGUAAAGUAAAAAUAAGAUAAAUUAUCACAAAAGUAGUGCUCCAAUUGCAUGAGCUAUGAUGUCUCUACGCUUUACAUUUGCGCUUUGUGAAGAUGAUGCACAACAGCAUUUACACAAGGCGAAUUUUCUCUUGGCGAUAAGACCAACUUCCUGAAAUUCGAGAUUAGCUAUUUCCUGCAGAAUGUCGGAAUACAUGUUGGUGUGUUUGUUUGUUUGUUUUCUGACGCCUUGAAAUCAAGUAGUGAGGUGACAAACUAGGGUAAUUCCAGAGUCGGAUGACUUUUUAAAAAUGUUUAGCCUCCCUACUCGAUGACCAACAUACAUACACACUGUAUGAAAAAAACAAAAUGUUGGUGUCUAAAUUCUGAAAUCCUUAUAUUCUUAUAAAUUUCAUGCACUAAAAGAGCACGAGGACAUAACGUGUCCAUUUGUCCAUCAGCGCGCUAAAUUGUCAGCAGUUCGGCUUGGGGCGUGUGUUUGCGGUUUCUUGCAGGUGCGUGCAUCUCAAAGUUGAGCGCUUCAUUUCCUCCACCAAUCACAAGCCGAGCUGACAGCACGACCAACUAAGGGCAUGCAGUACACCGAGGGGGAACUGGGACUUUUUAGAUGGGUGUGGUAUUGCACUCUACAGUGUGUCAAACGACACAUUUUUGCCACAUACAGGCAGUGAAGUAAGACAGGAAAUCAUAUGACUGUGUUUGCGAGCUUGCAAAAGUGGCUCGUUUGACCAGCGUGUAUUUGUUCUCUACUGCCUUGUGCACCAUGACUGCAGUGUUCAGCAUUUGGAGGGCCAUACAAACACAGGAUGUGAUAGCACAUCCUCCUGCGCUUUUAAUACCUCUCCUACGUGUUGAUAAACUCUCCGUGUUGGCGGCAUUGAAGAGUAAACAAAAGGGAACAAGAUUUGCUAUUAAGCCUAACCGUCACUUCCCGAAACUGGAGAAGGACAAAGGGGUGUUUGAGGAAACACAAAAAGAGAGAAGGCUGUGAGAAAUUUGAUAGGAGGUGGAUUUUUUGCAUAGAAUAGAGAAAACAAAUGUGAUCAAUGGAAAGAAAGAGAGAUGUGAAUUUCCAAUCACUGGCCCUGCACAAAAUACAAACUUAGGACAUUCUGGUAUGUCAGAGGAGACCUAAUGUGUGUGUUUAUUUUCUUGCUCCCAACAUUAGUAAAUGUGCUUCAAAAAAUCA